ACAGAAAGGCGUUAGUCGUUCAACAGCGCUGAUCGAGUUUAAAUCUAUAGCGAAAUGAGCGGCGGAAAGUGAGCCACUUGGCGUGAACCCAAAGCUUUCGAGGAAAAUUCUCGGGCCCCCCAAAAAAUACAAAUAUCAGAAAGAAGUAUCGGACAGAUUCGCGACGUGAAGCGUUACGAUCGCCAAAAGAUCUCCGUGCGGAAACAAAGAAAUUGAGGCACCAAGAGAUUGUUGUUGUGCGCGAGUGUGUGUCUUCAGCUGGGUGUGUGGAAUGUCAACUGACGGGUUGUAAAGGGAAACCCUGAAAUCCGAACGGCCAGCCAAAGCAAAUAAAGCUGUGAAUACGAAUUAAGUACAACAAACAGAUACAGAUACUGAAACAGAUACUGAUUAUUCGGAUUCGAAUAGAGAAACAGAUACUGGAGAUGCCCCCAGAAACAAUUCCAUUCAAUUCAACAUAGUGCGUUUCGCGAGUGUCAUUGGCAAAAUAUGUGGAUUACCUGCGAACCGUCCGCCCAAGGAGCCGCCGGGUGACAGGUGUAUCCCCCAGGAUACCAACCCGUGCCCAGAUCCACCAAGAUCCGCAUCCAGAUCCCGACCCCAGGGUGCCAGAGUGUCAUGUGCCGCGGCAUUCCGACCGCAGCCACAUCAACCGACCAGGUGCGCCUCGAAUGCGGCAACACUAUUUUCAACAAGAACUCGAUCUACUUCAUCUACAAUUAUCGGAGGAAAACAGUAGCCGACAUCCCUAUCAGAUAUUUACACAAGCGUGAUUUAUUUGAAAAGCGAAACGGCCGCAGUGCCAUAAACAUCUGUAAAUUGUGCAAAUAUAUCGAAGUGUAACCGAAAGCCGAAAGCCGCUCGCCGCGAUAACGGAUCCCAUUCCGAUUCCAACUUCAAAUCCAAAUUCGAAUCCGAACCGAUUCCGAGCCCCCGUCAUAAAUUCAGUGGAAAAGUGCACGAGACAGUUGGUCGCUCCUACUUUGAUUGCUUUCCUUCACCUUUACCAUUACCAUUAUCAUUACCGUUACUAUUACGAUUACGAUUACCAUUACCAUUACCAUUACCAAACGGGCGAUCCAUCACACGGCUUUCGAAUUAAUAAGCGAACACAUGUCGUAUCGAUAUUCGACUUGAGCGAUACGGGCACCCGGAGAUCCAAUAUCAAGCGACCAAGAUACCACUCGACCAUAGGAAACUUUAUAAGACUGAGAGUUGCAAGCGACCAUGCGCGCAUGGCUUCUACUCCUCGCAGUGCUGGCGACUUUUCAAACGAUUGUUCGAGUUGCUAGCACCGAGGAUAUAUCCCAGAGAUUCAUCGCCGCCAUAGCGCCCGUUGCCGCUCAGAUUCCGCUAGAAUCAGAAUCGGAAUCCAAAUCAGAAUCCAAAUCAGAAUCAGGAUCAUCAGGAUCAGGACGAUCUGGAUCUAGAACGGGAGGAGCCUCGACCAGCACAGCAUUAGCAAAAGCAUUUAAUCCAUUCAGCGAGCCCGCCUCGUUCAGUGAUAGUGAUAAAAGCCAUCGGAGUAAAACAAAAAACAAAAAACCUAGCAAAAGUGACGCGAACCGACAGUUCAACGAAGUGCAUAAACCAAGAACAGACCAAUUAGAAAAUUCCAAAAAUAAGUCUAAACAAUUAGUUAAUAAACCCAACAACCACAACAACCACAAAAACCACAACAAAAUGGCUGUCAAGGAGCAGAGGAGCCACAAGAAGAGCCAGCACCACCAUCGCAGCCACCAGCCAAAGCAGGCCAGUGCAUACACAGAAUCUCAUCAAUCCUCACCGAUUGAAUCCAUCUUCGUGGAGGAGCCAACGCUGGUGGCCUCCAUCAAUGUGCCCGCCAACGCCAAGGCCAUCAUCGCCGAGCAGGGCCCGUCCACCUACAGCAAUGAGGAGCUCAUCAAGGACAAGCUCAAGCCAGAUCCCUCCACUCUAGUCGAGAUCGAGAAGAGCCUGCUCUCGCUGUUCAAAAUGAAGCGGCCGCCCAAGAUCGACCGCUCCAAGAUCAUCAUCCCCGAGCCGAUGAAGAGGCUCUACGCCGAGAUCAUGGGCCACGAGCUCGACUCGGUCAACAUCCCCAAGCCGGGACUGCUGACCAAGUCGGCCAACACAGUGCGAAGUUUUACACACAAAGAUAGUAAAAUCGACGAUCGAUUUCCGCACCACCACCGGUUUCGGCUGCACUUCGACGUGAAGAGCAUUCCCGCUGACGAGAAGCUGAAGGCCGCGGAGCUGCAGCUAACCCGGGACGCACUCAGUCCGCAGGUGGUGGCCAGCAGAUCGUCGGCCAAUCGGACGCGCUACCAGGUGCUCGUCUACGACAUCACGCGCGUCGGUGUGCGUGGCCAGCGGGAGCCGAGCUAUCUGCUGCUGGACACCAAGACGGUCCGGCUGAACAGCACGGACACGGUGAGCCUCGAUGUCCAGCCGGCCGUGGACCGGUGGCUGGCGAGUCCGCAGCGCAACUACGGACUGCUGGUGGAGGUGCGGACGGUCCGCUCCCUGAAGCCGGCGCCACACCACCACGUACGCCUGCGCCGCAGCGCGGACGAGGCGCACGAGCGGUGGCAGCACAAGCAGCCGCUCCUGUUCACCUACACGGACGACGGGCGGCACAAGGCGCGCUCCAUCCGGGACGUGUCCGGCGGAGAGGGCGGCGGCAAGGGCGGCCGGAACAAGCGGCAGCCGAGACGGCCAACGAGGCGCAAGAACCACGAUGACACCUGCCGGCGGCAUUCGCUGUACGUGGACUUCUCGGAUGUGGGAUGGGACGAUUGGAUUGUGGCGCCGCUGGGCUACGAUGCGUACUACUGCCACGGGAAGUGCCCCUUCCCGCUGGCCGACCACUUCAACUCGACCAACCACGCCGUGGUGCAGACGCUGGUCAACAACAUGAAUCCCGGCAAGGUGCCGAAGGCGUGCUGCGUGCCCACGCAACUGGACAGCGUGGCCAUGCUCUAUCUCAACGACCAAAGUACGGUGGUGCUGAAGAACUACCAGGAGAUGACCGUGGUGGGCUGUGGCUGUCGAUAGAUUCGCACCACCAUCGCACCAGACCACGUCAUCCACUUUCCCGAGUGGAUGCGAUGGUAAAUCGCGAGCGAGAGAGCAUCAAAUGCUGUUUGGUUCCAAGCCGUCAAUGCUUUAAACACAACGCAAA